AAAUUAAAAUUAUAAUAAAAAAAUUUUUUUGGGAGUGGAAAAAAACCAAAAAAAUGUUCAUUUUCGUGCUCACAAGUUUCGUGUUAUUUUUCUACGCACUUUUAUACUACAUAAAUGUCCGAUGGAUGUACAGAUUCGCCGACAAGCUUCCCGGUCCCAAAGGAAUACCCAUUUUAGGAAUUGCCACAGAAUUUCAUGCAUUAAAUAGAGAAGAAAAGUGCAAUAAAUUACUGGAAUAUGCGGAAAAAUAUCCAAGCAUCGGUGCAUGUUGGUUCGGGCCAGUAGCGCUCAAAUUAUACAUUCACAAUCCGGAUUACAUUCAAAAAAUCUACAAUGCAUCUCAGUGUUUGAAGAAACCGACAGGUUACAGGUUCUUCGGUUGGGGAUCAGGACUUGUGACAGCUGAUGUUAAAACAUGGAAAGUGCAUCGAAAAUUAUUGAACAGUGCAUUUACUCUAAAGUCCCUUCAGAAUUUUAUUCCAAUUUUCCAUGAAGGAAGUAAGGAAUUUGUGCGUCAUAUUGGACAUAAUUUGGGAAAAGGCGAGUUUAAUUUGUUGGAAUAUGCAGUUAAAGCGACGUUGGAUAGCAUUUGUGCAACGUCGUUCGGCGUCAACAUCAAUGCGCAAGAGAACAAUCAUCAAUUUAACAAGUAUCUCCAGCGAACACACGAAAUUGUCUCAAUUCGCAUGUUUACUUUGGAAUUUCACUCGGAUUUGAUUUUCCGCAUGAACAAAUUGUACCACGAAGACAAAUAUGUGCGAAAAAUGUGCGUCGAGUUUGGAGAUGAGCUGAUCAAUAAUCGGAAGCAAGAAAUCGAGAAAAAAUUGGAUAUUAACACGAAUGUCGUGGAAGACGAGGAAGAAAGUGAAUUUUCGAAAAAACCUCAGAUAUUUGUGGACCAUUUACUCAAAGUGACAGAUGAGGGCGGCAGGCAAUUUAACGAAAAUGAGAUUCGGGAUCACGUUUUUACAACAAUUUCUGCUGGCAACGAAACUACCGCAUUAUGUGUCAGUUAUGCUCUUUUAUUCCUCGCCAUCCAUCCAGAAAUUCAAGAAAAGGCAGUGCACGAGCUAAUUGAAGUCUUUGGAACGGAAAAACUUGAAAUCGAUUACGAUCGUCUCAAAAAAUGCACGUACUUGGAGAUGAUUAUUAAGGAAACUCUUCGACUUUGUCCCUCAGUUCCAAUGAUUGGUCGUGAAACUCUUGCUGAUAUCGAACUCGAACCAGGUCUUGUUGUGCCCAAGGGAGUUGACAUCCUCGUGAAUCUAUUUGCCCUUCAUCGACGCUACGAGAAUUGGGGCUACGACAGCAAAAUGUUCAAUCCAGAUCGGUUCCUGCCCGAUGUCGUUGCCAAACGUCAUCCGUACGCGUAUCUUCCAUUCAGCAUCGGUGUCAGAAAUUGCAUUGGUCAAAAAUACGCGAUGAUCAGUUUAAAAGUGAUGCUCAUCAACCUACUGUUGGCUUACAAGUACAAGACGCAUCUCAAAUGGGAAGAUAUCAAAUGGAAAUUCGACGUUCAUUUGCACAUUACAAAGCCACAUCUCGUGGAAAUUGAAAAGCGGAAUAUUUAUGUGGAUUAAAAAAAAAAUAAUUUUUAAGUUUAAAUUAACUUUUUUUUAAAUAGAAAUGAAAUUUGUGAUUAGUUCUGUCUAAAUGAUGCUUAAAAAAUAUUUAUUUUAAGGUUUAUUUGUAACUAACUGGUAAA